CCACUCUGCGAUAUGAUGAGUCUUAGACGUGGAGUUAAAGGAGAGAGAGAGAGAGAGAGAGAGAGAGAGACCGCGAUGAAGCCCUUAUCACCCUUCACCCUCCUCUCCAUCCUCGCGGUCUGCUCGCCUCUUCUCGCCCUCGACGCCGCCGCCACCGCCGCCGCUUCUCCUCGAUGCAAGGCGUGGCUCGUCCAGUCGAUCCCCACCAACAUGCCCCUCCUCCCCCGCGUCCCCGGCGUGCUCUCCACUGGGGAGGUGAUGCGGUGGCUGGCGGGGAACGCCACCGAGAGGUUGGAUAUAAUCGCGCAGUAUUGGCAGCUUCUGGCGCAACCCGGCAAUCCCAAAUCAGGGGAUUAUGGAUACUCGGCGGUGGACAUGAAGAAGUUCGGAGCGGAUGAAGGGCGUGCCGUUUACACGUCUUUGGAGGAUGCCGCCGAUCGGAACGUUAGUCUCAGGAUCAUUCAGCACUCUGGAUUUUCUCCGGACUUUGAUCAAGAGUCAGCUGACCUUGCUUCAGGAAGAUCGAACGUACAGAAUGUGACCUUGCUGCUUGGUGAUUGGUGGGGAUCUGGCAUUGUCCAUGCGAAAGUCUGGAUAUCUGAUGGCAAGGACAUGUAUAUUGGAUCAGCUAAUAAUGAUUGGAAAUCUCUAACCCAGGUGAAAGAGGUUGGCAUUUAUCUUGUUGGCUGUCCUGAUAUAGCCAGAAGGCUCGAGAUCUAUUUUAACAACCUGUGGACACUUUCCUCUCUCAAUUCAACAGCCUACACAAAGAAUGUUUGGGAUAAACAAUGGCAAGCUAAAAGAAAAAUGCCUUGCUGGUCACAUUUCAUCCGCAAAAAGGAGAGAUGCAGGUCACCACUUCCUCUUUCUGUUGAGAUUCCUCACGUGAAUGGCUAUCCAGCCUUGUCAGAUCCCUUUAUGUUCCAUAUUCCAUUUGAGACUCCAGGAACCAAUUUUUCAUCUACGUCACAUCAUUCAAGCUACCUUUCGUUUGCACCACCAGAGCUUUCAUUUGGUAAGUUCCAGGCUGAUGAACAAGGAUGGGUGGAGACGAUCAAAUCUGUACGAUUUGGAGGAAUUGUUAGGAUUAGUACCAUGGAUUGGCUUGGUCAAUCACAAUAUCUAAAACAAACUGUCUACUGGCCCUCCCUCUCAUCUGCAAUAUCAGAGGUCAUUUUCUCAAAGCAUGCAACAGUCAACAUACUAGUAGCCUAUUGGACACACUUUAUUGAGAGCACAGAUCAAUAUCUGAAGUCCCUCCUAUACUCUAAUGUUCUAUGCCUAUCUUCUAAGCGAAACCACUGUCGAGGUCAAGUUAAUAUCAAGUACUACAAGGUGCCUGGUUAUGAGAAAACUGGAGCUGCAUUAUCAAAGAAAAAUGCUACUGGAAGUGUGUAUCCUGGUUAUACUCGUGUCAACCAUGGCAAAUAUGCUGUCAGUGAUGUUCGCGCACACAUCGGAACCAGCAAUCUUAUAUGGGAUUACUUCUACACGACAGCAGGUGUCAGCUUUGGAACAUACCAUCCUGCCCUUGUAGGACAGUUGCAAGAGAUAUUCGAUGCAGAUUGGAACUCACCAUAUGCUGUUCCAGUUGAGCCAUUACUAUCUUCAUAUUAAGGUUGCAAAGGCUAGCUACCAAGUGUUCUCUAGCCGCACUCACUGUUGCUUCAGUUGAGACACAUUUAACAGCCAUUUCAGUGUCACCGAUCUAGUUCUUAACCGAUCAUGCCCGUGCAGAAGUCUUUCUAUCAUAUUCAAGGCCACACCCAACUGGAUUUUAUAAAUCGUCUUUGGAAUUUGUGAUGUUGUUGACUUAGAAUGAUUAGACACAAUGCAAAUGCCACGAGGUUUCUUAUGCAACCACCCUGGAUGUGUAGUACUUAAUAAAGUUCAUGAAAGUUUAUAUCA